AUGGAUUUGCUAACAUUUAGAUUCUUCUUUAGGUGCAUAACCCCCUUUAUUAAAUCCUAAUAUUAAAAUUUAAAUGUUUUUGAUUUUNGAAACUAAAGAAUUUAAGUUUAGAAAGUGAAAGAAUUAAAAAAGAUAAUAAGUUUCUUUAAUAAGAAAAUGAUUAAUUAAGAAUUUAAUAUGAAAAAUCAAGUAGAUUAAUUCCAUAAUUAGAAGAAUAAAAGUAAUUUUAUUAAUUUAAUCUUUUUUUAGCAAAAGAUUAGAAAUAGAAAUAAAUGAUUAUGAAUAACAAUUUGAAAAAAUGAGUAAAUAGAUAAGAGAUCUUAAUAAUUAAUAUGCAAAUGAAAAAUAAUAUGGUCAAUCUCAUAAUGAAGAACUUAAAAAAAAGAAUGCUUAGAUUGAUAAUAUAGAAUAACAAUUUAAUGAAUAAAUUAGAUUAUUACAUGCUGAAUAAAGAUAAAAUACAUUUUUGAAAGAAGAAAUGGAAAAAUAUAAAGAAUAAUUAGAAAGAUUACAAAGACAAUCAUAAUAAUUAACUGAUGCAUAACAUAAAGAUAUGGAUAUCUUAGAAGCUAAAAUUGAAAAAAUUAGUAAAGAAAUGAUCAAAUUAAGAGAAGAAAAUUGUAUUUUAAAAUCACAAUUAUCAAAUCAAAAAAAAGAAAAUGCUUAAUAUAUUGAUACUAUUGAUCAAUUAUAAAAAUAAGUUAGAGAUUUAAAAGCAAAAAAUAAAAUUUUAGUUUAACAACAUGAUGAUUUGGAUGCAAGAAUCAAUCAAUUAGCAUUAAUGAAACCAUAAAAAACAACUAAAAUUAAAAUAUAAGAUUCUGAUUUUAGAAAGAAAAUGGCUAAACUAGAACGUUCAGAUAGUAGCAGUUCCUUUUCUGAUUGA